GGUUUUCGAGUCCCUCGAAGGAACAGAGAUGGGGCCAUCGCGCACCUCUGGAGCACACAGGAAGCACACUGGUGUGGGCCCGGGAGCUGUGCAUGCGUGCUGUAGGGGGAACCAGGUCGCAUCUGCGACCUGGGGACACGAUGACUCAGUGCCUUCGCUUCCAGCGUCUUUUUGGGGCCUCAUGGGAGAUAUGUAAAUGAGCUGGAGCAUCAUGGGCCCUUUAUAAGGCCACGGUGUUCUGCGCUCCCUGUUCAAUGCUCACCGAGCAGAGCCUUGGUUCGUAGGCCCUUAGUUGGGUACCUGGGAGCUCAGUCUGGGAGACAUUGGAGCAAGUGUGAAACUGAAGAACCUUCUGGAAGCUCAAGCCUGUUUACUUCUCCAGAAAGCAUCUAUUGUCCUGUUGACCUGACCUCCUGAGACCAUCGAGCAAGUCUUCCUCUGUGUGUCUGUCCACUUAGCUGCCGACAAACUUCUUGGCCAUGUGUCCCCCAGUCAGUGCUCGCCAUGGGGCCAAGGGCAUGUCCUGCCUCUAUGGAGCCUGGCUGUACCAGCUUGUCCAUGGAGAACAGAUGAAGAUCUGCUUUGCUUGCUUCAAGGCAGCUUUCCUGGUCGUUAAGAACAUGCUGGAGAUGGGAGACUGGGAAGAGGAAGCGUGGGAUGCUGAGCCCAUGGAACUCUCAGAGGCAGGAUCUGAACCCGAAGAAUGGCCCGGGCUUAGCUGGGGAGAGGGCCAAGGUCAUCUGCCGCAUGGCAUCUCUGUCUCUGCAGGUUCUGGGGCUCUGGCACAAGGCCUUGUAGGGGCAGAGGGGAUAGGGCUGGGACCCCAGCAGGUGCCCACUGAGCUCUUGCCUCAGGAAGCUGUACCCCUGGAUCUGGGCCCUGAGGAUGCUGAGUGGACCCAGGCCCUUCCCUGGAGAUUUGAUGGCCUUUCUCCCUGCUCCCACUGGCUCAUCCCUCCUCUGUCCUGGUGGGAUAUUUUCAAUGUAAGCCCAUCUCCUGGGCAACCUGUGUUGUUGGAAUUGAGCCCCACCUGGCCCAUGGACCCGUUGGAAGCAGAAGCUUGGUUGGUAGACCUCAAGUUCGUUUUCCUUUUGGGCGGCUUCGAUGCCAUUUGCUAUAUGCUGUCAAUGACUCCCUGCUGGGCUGUGAGAACCCGUGUCCAGCGCUGGCAGGUGUUGCUGGACCCUGGGGAGGUCAGAGUGGCCCAGCUGCAGAAUGCACCUGAACAGCAGGACCUGCACCGCUGGAAGCUAAGCAUCCUGGAGUCCUCAGAGCUGGGGGUGGAGCUGGUGCCUGCUGACUGCAGCCUGCGAAAGGGAGGGUUCAAGGUGCACUCUUAUUUGCCCUGGCACAAUAACACCCCAGAGGCCUGGAGCAGGGAGCCAGGGGAGAGGCUCCUUGUUUUAGAAGUUGUAUCUCUGAGGGAGUUGCCCUGCUUCCGGUCCCCCUCCCCUGAGCCUCACAACUAAGGGACAGAUGCUUGUACCACCUCCAGGACCCCAGAAACUGAAGAGCCAGAGGUUGCCUCUCAGCCACAGGUCCUGGAGGAUGUCCAUCAUCUUAAGGGGAAGAUCUGGAUCAGCCUGGGGUUGGUGCCUCAGGGAAGCCUGAUUUUGUUGUUCUUAGUUGACAGUGUUUGGAAGGUUAGGCCCAGCUUCAUGUGCAGGGUAAAGACUGUUGUGUAUCAAGUAUUAUGGGGGAUGAGUCACUGGUCCUUCCUCAGUUCUGCCCUAGUUGUAGGUGGGGAUACUAGAAGUAUGGCACCAAGUCAGGUUGGUUGGCCCCUAUGUUCUGCACUUGGCUUUUUCUGAGGGGCUAUGAGUCCUGGAUUCAGAAUUGACUGCUGUGCUUCUUGUUCAGUUCCUGCCCUGUGCAUGUUUCUGUUUUAAUAAAGUUAUCGUUUUCAUGGAA